GUCAGUUCCACGCUGUAUCUGCAGCCUGCGCCGGCUGGUGAUGAGGAAGUGACUCCUGUGCUGUAUCAUCCCCGAGACAUGCAGUCUGGAGUAUGAGCUGUAAUGGUGCUGAAGAGGAUCAGCAGCCUUUUGAGAUGGUCUUUAAAAGGAAGAAGUGCCAUUCAACCAGCAGAAAACAAAUGACUGUCAAGAGCAGGCUUCUACCCAGCAUGAAGUGAUAAAGCUCUUCCCAUCUAGAAAAUGGAAAAUCAGUUGUAAAUGUACCUCAGAAUUAGAAAAAACAGUACCUGUCCUGCAUACCUACGUGGAUUUGAGACCUCAGUAAGGAUGCAAUUGUGCUGUGAAUCCGUAAAUGGCUCUUGCAUAAGGAGCAGCUGGUCAAACAGUAUCCGUAUUUCCAUGUACAUCUUCAUGGCUUGCAUUAUUCUGGCCACAGUGGUUGGAAAUUUGACAGUUAUCAUCUCAAUAUCACAUUUCAAGCAGCUCCACACGCCUACAAAUUUCCUGAUCCUUUCAAUGGCUACCGUAGACUUCCUGCUGGGAUUCUUUAUCAUGCCCUGCAGUAUGGUGCGCUCUGUUGAGCACUGCUGGUACUUUGGGGAGUUCUUCUGCAAGAUCCACACGAGCACGGACAUUAUGCUGAGCACAGCUUCUAUCUUCCAUCUUUCCUUCAUAUCCAUUGACCGCUACUAUGCCGUGUGUGACCCUUUAAGAUACAAAUCAAAGAUAAAUACUUUUGUCAUUGUGGUCAUGGUGUGUAUAAGCUGGAUGGUCCCUGCUGCUUUUGCUUUUGGGAUGAUCUUUCUAGACCUAAACUUGAGAGGGGCAGAAAAGAUUUAUGAUCAUGUCCGCUGUGCAGGAGGAUGCUUUCUCAUUUUUAGCGAAACUUCAGGUAUUGUGGCCUCUGUAGUGUCUUUUUACAUCCCUGGAUUUGUUAUGCUGUACAUCUAUAGGAAAAUAUACUCUGUAGCCAAGAAGCAGGCAAGAUCCAUCGAUGCAAUUAGCAGAAAAAAAAUGCAAUUUGAAAUGAAGCAGCACAUUUCAUUCUGCAGAGAAAGGAAAGCCGCUAAGACUUUAGGCAUAAUAAUAGGAGUGUUUCUCAUCUGCUGGACUCCAUUCUUCUUCUUUACAGCUACCAAUCCGUUUAUGAAUUAUGUGAUACCUCCUGUUCUCAUUGAUGCUUUGGUUUGGUUUGGCUAUUUAAAUUCUACAUUUAACCCAAUUGUUUAUGCAUUUUUUUACAUGUGGUUUCGCAGGGCAUUGAAAAUUAUUCUGUUUGGAAAAGUUUUUCAACAGGACUCUUCCAGAACUCAUUUGUUCUCAGACUAACGUGCUUUAAAUGGUUGGAUUCAUGGCUUUGAACUUUUGCCUGGAGGCUGAACUCCCAGAUGUAAGAGCUGUGAAGGAAGGAAACACCUAUUUGUUUGCCUAUUUACCAAAUGUAGUUCAAGUAGUUAGACAACCAUUAUGCUUUAUGUAUUCUUUCAUUCCAGAUUGGGUUUUGUAUGUGGUGUUUUGAUUGUAUCUAUUUAUUUGCAAUGCACAGAAAGAGCAAGACUUCCAUUUAAAAAACUUACAGCAGUUUAUAUCCCUGAUCUUCAUAAUUAAAAAAAUAUUCUGACACAACAGAUUAAUUUCUUGAACAAGGUGUGUUUGUAUUACAGUAUUUGUGUUCAUUUGUGUUCUCCUCUAGAAAGAGCAGGAAAACCUUUUCCUUUGGAUUUCUUGACAUCUUUGGCUAACAACCCAAAGCUCUCUAAGUUUUGUCCUUCC